UACAUACGAGUCAUACCAAGCAUAGCCAGCAUGUCAGCGCAGUCAGCUUGCAGCGGGCUGUGAGGGAGAGUGCCUUUGUCCUAAGAAAUGUGCUUUGUGUUUUUUUUUUACUGCUUUCUUUUUAAACCCUCAAGACAAGCUUUGGAAGACUGCUGAAGUGAUUUUUUUUAAAGCCGAGUAGAGGACGAAAUACAGACACUGCCUUCCAGUAAGCCCUGGACAGGUUUUGUUUGAUUCUGAUUUUUUUUGUGUGUGUGUGUGUGUGAUCUUUUUUUAAAAACAAAAACUUUUAUAUACUUUGCUUGACUCUUGUGAGGCUGGGCCUCUAUUUUACUAAAGUUUUAGGAGAGCCUGGAGCUACUCAGCUAAGACUGAAUUUUGAAACUUUCUCUUCGGGAGUGAAAGCAAAGAACUGCCUUUCUUUGCUAGCCGGACAGAUAAAUGCUGUUUAUGAAGAUGGACCUGUUGAACUACCAGUACUUGGACAAGAUGAACAACAACAUCGGGGUUCUGUGCUACGAAGGUGAAGCUUCUCUCAGGGGAGAACCCAGAAUGCAGACCCUCCCGGUGGCUUCUGCCCUCAGCAAUCACCGCACAGGCCCACCCCCCAUCAGCCCCAGCAAGAGGAAAUUCAGCAUGGAACCCGGGGACAAGGACCUCGACUGUGAAAGCGAUCACAUCUCCAAGAUGAGCCGCAUCUUCAGCCCCCACCUGAGUAAGACCGUCAACGGAGACUGCCGCCGAGAUCCCCGGGAACGGAGCCGCAGUCCCAUUGAGCGGGCCGCAGCCCCGGCUGUGAGCUUGCAUGGUGGCCACCUGUAUGCAUCCCUCCCUGGCCUCAUGGAGCAGCCUCUUGCGCUGACUAAGAACAGCAGUGACACCGGCAGGUCGGCUGUGGAGCGGCAGCAGAACCGGCCCUCCGUGAUCACCUGCGCAUCUGCAGGCGCCCGCAACUGCAACCUCUCUCACUGCCCCAUUGCGCACAGUGGCUGUUCUGCACCCGGGUCUGCCAGUUACCGAAGACCACCCAGUGCAACUGCCACCUGUGACCCUGUGGUGGAAGAGCACUUCCGUCGGAGCCUGGGCAAGAACUACAAGGAACCAGAGCCAGCACCCAACUCAGUGUCUAUCACUGGCUCUGUGGAUGACCACUUUGCCAAAGCACUAGGUGACACAUGGCUUCAGAUCAAAGCGGCCAAGGACAGCGCUUCCAGCAGCCCAGAGUCAGCCUCCCGCCGGGGCCAACCUGCCAGCCCCACUGCCCACAUGGUCAGCCAUAGUCACUCCCCCUCUGUGGUCUCCUGAAGGGGGCUCCAUCCUCCAGCCACACAAGGAUCUGCAUGGUUUGCCUGAGCUUUCAACAGUCAGUGCUUCAAAAAACAAAAAGCAAAAAAACAAAAAAACAAAAAAAAAAAAAAAAAAAAAAAAAAAAAAAAAAAAAAAAAAAAAAAAAAAAAAAAAAAAAAAAAAAAAAAAAAAAUUCGGGGGGGGGGGGGGGGGGUGGUUUAUUCGCAAAACCAUGUUGCCUGGACUUUUGUUCUGCUCUGUUUUGUACUUUUUGGUGUUCGUACAAGGGGUCUCACCAUGGCAACAGGAACAGCAUGGAGCAUCGGUCCAGCAGAGCAUCCUUGCUUCCUGUCCUGGUUACCAAAGAAACCUCUGCAGGUCUGCCACCUGGCAGCCGGGACCCUGCGGCCCUUUCCUAGUCACAAGCCAUGAAGACAUGGGGAUCCGGACGCUUUGUGCUCUUAGCUUUUGAGACUGGGUGUGCACGGCUUGGCUUCCUCCUGGGGUCCAGCUCAGUCCAUGUGUACAUGUGUCUGCCUGAAAAGAACUGUCCUGAUUUGCACUAUGGAGGGCAGGGCUGCCUGUUGGGCGGCUGUCUGCGAUGCCAGCACCAAGGGCAAACUGCUAGGGAACACUUCUGAUCAUGUGUGCUUGCAUUGUUGCUGAACUUAGAAGGUCUCUAGCAGGUUCUAGGUCUUUCUCUCUAGUCUUGAGGUGCUCACAACUGGACUGCAGGUUCCCCCUGACCAUGGGCAUUUACCGUCUCUGAACACUGCAGUUGGUGAGGCUAGUGCAAAGGCUGGAGGACUCCGUAGUGCUUCUGACAUGGUGCAUGUCUUAAUACGAAAAAUAGCUGGUUUCUAUUGACUGUAAGCUCAGACUGUAGCACUGACUGGCUUUUUGGCGGCGGCAUUAGCCUAUCCCGUCAGUUACAGCCCUGGAUACAUUCACUGCUGGUACAGCUGUGCUUCUGAGAGGUGUAGUCGAUGCUCACUUCACUCCGAAAAGGAGUGCACAGCCGGUGGGUGUGGUAGGCUGGGGAGCCCAUUGCUGCUGAUUUUUCUGCAUCCUGGGUGGGGGACUUGAGUUCAUGUCUUUAGGCUCCUCAGUGCAGACUGCUCCUUUCCAACUCCUGGCCAACCAGCAGGUGCCUGACAGUCUGCAACAUGGGGCUGCGUGCGCUUCCUCUCAUGCCGGGGCCAAGGCUGUACACAUUCCUCUAUAAUAACUCUACAGUUAUUCCUGCAUCACUAGUGCCCGCUCUAUUAAUAGCUACUAACUAGACAUUAGAAGCAAGCAGGACAGACAGGGCUGGGGAUGCCCCACAGCAGCUGCUCCUCCCGGCCGUGAGCUUUUCUGUCCCCUGUCCCGGCCCGCUCGAGGAGGGCUAGGACAUCACCUAGCUAGAACCACCUCCUCAAAAAGGCAUUAUGGACUCCUUGCACAGGGGAGCCCAUGGGGCUGACGUUCAGUAGGAGGAAGACAGGUUAGCUGUUGAACUUGGGAAACAGGCGAGGGUGGGAAAGCGGGGACUGAUACCCGAGUUACAGGGUGGCUACCGGCCUUCACACAAGUGGACAGCCCUCCUGCCCCGCACACUUCACUCCACUCUCCUGGGCUUCCAAGCUUGGCAUUCAGGCCCCUAUAUUUUCUGUAGGAAAAAAAAAGAAUUGUUGAGAACACUUUUUUUAUAUAGGUAAUUUUAAAGACCAUCAUUACGCUGUGCGUAAAGAGUGUACAGAGAAAUUUGUAGGUAUUUUUGAAGAACAAUUAAUUUGUUAAUGAUAUGUAGCUAUUUAAUUUUUCCCCUUUCCUAUCGUAAUCAUUUUUUUGUUGUUUGGGAAAAAAAAAGUUGAUCUUUUUUUGUCGUAGGUGUGUCUGUAAUCGUGCAGGUACACAGUUACGCCAUGACAACACUGCGUCCGCAUUCAUAGCCACUAGUUUGUUAUUCUACAGGCUACUGAGGUUGUCACAGGAAAACAACCGCACCGCGGACUGGCUCUGUGGGCAGCAGGCCUCAGACACCCGUCAGUGAACGGGUCAUUGCUGUUGGGGUGGGGGUGGCAGGGUCUCUGGGGCACCGACCUAUCUGGAAUAGGCUGUGUCCUGGAGGGGAAUGCCACACGUCAGCGGAGGGGUGCGCCAUCCUGCCUGGGCAGGAGCUUGUGUCUUCCCCAGAACCAAGCCACCCAUGUGCGUGCUGACCCCUCUCUAUGUUUGUAAAUCUGUAAUAUACCAUUCUCUGUGGUCUGUUUUUCCUGGAAGAAGAAAAAAAAAGGUUUGGCAGGCCAUCUUUUUUUUUUGUUUUUGUUUUUUUUGUACUUAAAAAGUAGCCUUAAGAACAAUAAUAAAGUGCUCUUAAACCAAG